AUUUAUUACGUCACCGAUUUACUGCGUUUCUAUGUGAAUUAAUAUAAGAUGGAUAUUGAACACUGCGGAGAAACGAGCAGAUCAAUUGUGAUGAAUUCUUCGCGUACAUCAACCAUACUUAACAUUGUAAAACGUUGUAAUAAAGUAAAUACGAGUCAUACAAUCGGGUCGCGCGUGAAAUACGUGGUGGAAAAGUUGACAAAAAUUCACAUCGCAUGAAAAAUUUUCUAAAAAUUGCUUUUCCUUAUCAAUGUUAUCAGUGUAAACAAAAAUCAUAUGACUGGUCAACGAUAACUAGAUGGCGCUGAUAGUCGACUUCGCAUGUCAUCAACCAAUCACGUUACAGUAUGAUUAAUCGUCGUAUACAGUUAUCAGUGAAUCGAAUAGUGAAAACAAGUGAAAAUAAUUAUCUAUUUCGACACCAAAGUAUUCAUUUUGAUUGGAAUUUUAAAAAUGUCCUAUAACUAUGGCAGAUGAUAAACGACAUGGUACUCGAAUAAAUGAAGAGAAACAUCACAGCCGUCCUUUCAAAAAAUCCACCAGUAAACGAAGAACGUUCAAUGUUGCUACAGACAACAGGUCGGUGAUAGAUAUUACAAGGACUAACAAACCUACGACUUCAAAAGUAUUACCAAUUCGGGAAAGAACUGUGAUUGGACAAGAAGCUAGUCCAGAUAAAAAUGACAACGACAAUCCUCCUGAAACUGCGGAAGUGAACAGUACGUCCGUGGAAAACACCACCGAAUUUUCCGAAAAUGUUCGCUCGGAAGCUGACGGCAGUGAAGAUGGUCCUGCUGCGGAUCCUGAAACUGAAGAACUAGCCAAACUUCGAUGCUCCAGUGUCAGCGCUGAAGUUGUAGCCGAAAGAUUGAAAAGAAGACAGCAAAGGUCCCCAGGUUAUCCCGGAUUAGGCUUCGGAUCAUCUAUAUUUAGCUCUGACACGCUGAUGAAAUUUAGUGUGAUAAGAAAUGAAUUACACAAUAUUCUCAAUUCUCAAUUGAAAAGGGCUGAAAGUGAAGUAGCUGCAUUGAAUCGUCGGAUUCAGUUGCUCGAAGAAGAUCUGGAAAGAUCAGAAGAACGACUCGCCACUGCUACUGCCAAACUCGCCGAAGCAUCGCAAGCAGCUGACGAGUCAGAGCGGAUAAGAAAAGCUCUGGAAAACCGAACCAAUAUGGAAGAUGAUAGAGUGGCCAUAUUAGAAACACAACUUGCUCAAGCGAAACUCAUUGCCGAAGAAGCAGAUAAAAAAUACGAAGAGGUCGCCCGUAAAUUGGCGAUGGUCGAAGCUGAUUUAGAGCGCGCUGAAGAAAGAGCAGAAUCUGGCGAAUCUAAAAUUGUGGAAUUAGAAGAAGAAUUACGUGUUGUUGGUAAUAAUUUGAAAUCUUUGGAAGUAUCAGAAGAAAAGGCCAACCAAAGAGAAGAAGAAUAUAAGAAUCAAAUUAAGACGUUGAAUAACCGCCUUAAAGAGGCUGAAGCACGAGCUGAAUUCGCAGAAAGAUCUGUUCAGAAAUUACAGAAGGAAGUUGACAGGCUCGAAGAUGACCUACUACUGGAAAAGGAAAAGAAUAAAAUGUUACAAGAAGAAAUGGAAGCGACGUUAAACGAUAUACAAAACAUAUGAAAUGCUUAUUGAGAAAGAGAAAUAUCGCGAAAUCGGAGACGGAUUGGAUUUGGCAUUUGUUGAGCUUUACGGAUUUUAAUUGUUAAUCAUUUAUGCUUUAUUAUAUUAUUAUUGCUUCUUCAUUCAGAUCAUCCUGUACAACAGUUUCCUUCUUGUAGAUUUUAUUGCUAUAAAUUUUUUUACUGUGCCAUCACUAAAACGAACACAAAAUACUUACGUAAUUUUUAUAUUAGGUCUAUUUUUCUGUCGUUUUGAUCACUCACACGUGUUUUUUUUCUAUUUUGUAUUUUUUCUUUCUUUCUUUUCUUUUUAUUUUUCGCAUAUUUACUAACACAUAACUCGAGUUAUUCUACGGCAAUAUUUUCCCUCUUUUUUUUGAUUUCGUUAGUUUUUUGUGUUCUGCAAUAACUAUUCUUCCGGAAUAAAAUUUCGAAGUUGAAUAUUUUUCUACUAGUGUGUUUUUAUGUAGGUGCUUUUGAAUAAAAUCAUGUUGAUUUUUUUUUUGUUGACGUGUUUCGUUUCCUGGCACGUUUUUUUCUUAAGAUGUACUUGUGUGUUUAUACUUUGAGUAUGGAAAUCUGAAAGUGUUACGUGUACAUCGCGAUUUACGUAAAUUACUAACAAUCGUCCAAAUUAAUUUUUUUCUCUUUUUAAAUAUUUUUGUAUUGAUGUUGUACAUCUUUGAUGAAUUAAUUUAUUUUUUAUAGUAAUAUUUUUAUUGUAUACCAAGUAAAUUACAAUUGUAAAAUCAAUGAAUAUAGAAUAGAAAAUGAGUUUUA